GAAGAAGAAGAAGAGGGAGCAGACGAAGAAAUGCUGGAAAAGGAGGAGAAGAAGAAGAAGACCAACCACGACCAAGACCAAGACCACGACCAAGACCACGACCAAGACCAAGACCACGACCAAGACCAAGACCACGACCAAGACCAAGACCACGACCAAGACCACGACCACGACCAAGACCAAGACCAAGACCAAGACCAAGACCACGACCAAGACCAAGACCACGACCAAGGCCAAGACCACGACCAAGAACUUGCAGACAGGACAACCUGA